UUUCGGGGUUUGUGCUUCUCGAAAUGCGUGUCCUAUUGGAUUUCCGUCGUCUCUUGUUCCGUCGGUUUUGUCCGGCGCUUCUGUUGCUCCACAGAACUCCACCAUCCAACACCGGCGGCACUUCCGCAGUUGGAAUCGUCAAAGGACGCCGACUUGAUUUCUCAGCUACUGCUUGAACACCACAAUCCAUUUCACGCCAUGGAAUCCUCUCUUCAGCUUCAUGGCGUUUCCUUCACCCCUUUCCUUGUCCAUCAGAUUCUCCUCCGCCUCAAGCACUCUUCUAAAGUUGCCCUCUCUUCUUUCACUAUAUAUAUUCCCAAUUCCACCGACGACGACACCUGCACCACCGCUUUCAAUCUCCUCAUUGACAUUCUAUGCAAAGUUCGCCAGUUCGAUGUUGCCUGGCAGCUUAUUGUCCAAAUGGAACAGAAAUCCAUUAAAAUGAACUUCACUACUUUCUAUUUGUUGAUCCGUAGGCUUAUCUCUGCUGGCUUCACCCGUCAAGCUAUUCGGACCUUCACUGAAAUGCACAUAUUUCUCGAUGAAGAUCAAGUUUGGAAAUCCUACUUCUGUUAUCUUCUUGAUACCCUUUGUAAAUAUGGAUAUGUCAAGGUGGCUACUCAAGUGUUCAAUAAAGAGAAAUGGAGAUUGGAGCUCAACUGUAAGCUUUAUACCAUUCUCAUUUAUGGUUGGUGUAAAGUGAAGGAUAUUGCGAUGGCAAGGAGGUUUCUUGGGGAGAUGUUGGACAAGGGAAUUCUUCCAAACGCGGUACGUUACAAUGUGUUGUUGAAUGGUAUUUGCAGGAGAGCGAGUUUGCAUCCGGUUGGUAGGUUUGACAAGGUAAUUAGGGACGCGGAGAAGGUGUUUGAGGAAAUGACUCAAAGUGGUGCGGAACCAGAUGUGACCAGCUACUCCAUACGCCUGCAUGUCUAUAGCCGGGCUCAUAAGCCUGAGUUAUCACUUGAAAAAUCAAGGAUUAUGAGAGACAAAGGGAUAUGCCCGAAUAUUGUGACAUAUACCUCGGUCAUCAAGUGCCUCUGCUCUUGUGGUAGGCUUGAAGAUGCGGAGCUGUUACUCGAGCAAAUGGUUUCUAACGGGAUAACUCCCACAUUCACAACUUACAAUUGUUUCUUUAAAGAGUUUAAAGGGAGGAAGGAUGUAGAUGGUGCAUUGAGGUUGUACAGGAAAAUGAAGCAGGGUUCCCUCUGCUCACCAAGCGUGAGUACGUUCAAUAUAUUGUUGGGGAUGUUAUUGAAAUUGGGUCGAAUAGGGACGGCAAUAGAUAUUUGGGACGAUAUGAAGGAUUCUGGAGCAGGGCCUGAUUUAGAUUCAUAUACAUUGUUGAUUCAUGGAUUUUGUGAGAAACAAAAAUGGAAAACGGCGUGUGCAUUCUUUAUGGAAAUGAUAGAAAAGGGAUUUCUGCCACAGAAGGUCACCUUCGAGACCCUUUACAGAGGCUUAAUACAAUCCAAUAUGCUGAGAACUUGGAGAAGAUUAAAAAAAAGGCUUGAUGAGGAAUCAAUAAAUUUUGGUUCAGAAUUUGAAAAUUAUCACCUCAAGCCUGAUAGAAGGGAAUCUGAUGAAGUUCUGCAAGGGGUACAAGGCUGAACAAUCUGAUGUCAAGCUAAAAAUCUAACUGAUAUUUCCUGAUUCAUGGGGAGCUAUUUAUAAUUGAUGAUGUAACAGAAUCAAGGGCAAAAGUAAGAUCUUGGGCUUUAGUUCAGGCUGUAAUGGGCGACGCCAGGCACAUUGAAGGAGGCACUCUUCAUCUCAAAGGCCUCCUAUGUACCAACGACCACAUGCUCUUCCUCCUCAUCACCAAUCUUAAGGAGGAACAUUCUCCCAACCCAAGUAUUGAAAUGAGUCGGAUUGAAAGUUGUUCAACCAGAGGAUGGAAAGUACCCAAACGGAUGCUAAAAUGGCUUCUCACACUACUUCCAUCAGCAAUCUUGAAGUACAAAUGGGCCAAAUUUCUCAAGCCCUCAAUUCUUUGACCAAAGGGUGCUCUACCAAGUAAUACGGUGGCUAUAAUCCCAAAGGUACAUACGUAGGAGAGAAAAUGGAGAACUUUAGGGUAACGUCAACAAAAUAUAAAGAAUAUCGGCAACUCAGCCUCAGUGAGAGUGAAUAAAAAGGCAAUGGAAUGUUGCUGAAUGUUGAGUGUGUUGUAUUUUAUCCCUUUUUGUAAUGCAUGGAAUGUUGGGUGUUUUCCCCACAUCAUUUCCUCCUU